CGCGUCCGAAGUCGACUCCGACCUCCCUCCCCACGCCAAGCCAGUCCCAGAAUGGCGUGGUUUGUGCUUAGGUCGGCCAGCCUGUGACCGCCGAAUUUGCUGGUUUCGUUUCGCGCGUUCUGACAUCAGGCACCCGCCCAGUGCCCGCGAGACCCAUUUUCCAUCUGGUUAUCACCCCCGAGAAACACCCAACAAAGGAGCCCUUCUGGACGUCCACCUCGGUAGAGAAAGGAGGCAUCAUCCACGACCACGUGAAUGCUGGAAUAAGCGGCUGGUACGAUAUGUGCUUGGACAAUAAUGACCUCUGAAGUGCCGGAUGUGCAAGUGGAGUACGUAGAUAGCUCUCCACCGGAACAUCAACAGCAAGAAGAGUCCACCGAUUCACCAAGUCAGCCUCCCGCUUCAAGCUCGGGUCCAACACCUUCUCCUUUGGCAUUGCUCGCAGCCACUUGCAGCCGCAUCGACAUGAUGGCAACCUCGCAAGGAGCAGUCAAAACGCAGCAGCAGCAAGUACAGCAGCAACAGGCUGCUCAGCAACAAGCAGCAGCUCAGCAACAAGCUCAGCAGCAGGCGCAACAGCAGCAACAGCAACAACAGCAACAGCAAGAAGUCAAAGGUGUCACAGUGACGGGAGGUACUCCGCAGGUGGUGAGCGUACCAGUUGGUCUGCAACAGCAGCUUCAGCAACAGCUGUUACAGCAGCAAGCUGCAGCUGCUCUGUCUGCAGGGAAUCUUGCCUACAAUGUGAUGCAGCCGAUGCAAACUAUCACUGUUGAUGGACAGGAAGCCCUGUUCAUUCCAGCUAUGUCUUUGGCAGCUGCCAGUGGACAACAGCCACAACAGCUAUUCAGUCCUGGUCAAAUUAUCCGGGCGCCAAGUGUCUUGCCAGCAAAUAUCCAAAAUUUGCAGAAUUUGCAGAAUCUUCAGAAUUUAUCUCAAACAGUUCAACUUUCCAAUGGCCAAAGUGUCACUGUGCGACCUUCAAUACCUCAAAUGGUGCAGUUCCCGAUGCAGCAAACCAUACCGAUUCAGGUCCCGAUAUCCGCGGGCAACGGACAGACCGUCUACCAGACGAUCCACUUCCCUGUCCAGCUAGCAGCAACGUCCGCCGCCAUCCCGACUGGUGUCAUCCAGACAGCGGGCACCGCACAGCCUCAAUUCGCCAGCGUGCUGACACCUAGCGGCCAGAUCCAGCAACUGCAAAUCGCCACGUCGGUUGCGGCGGCCGCCGCGCAAGCGCAGCAGCAACAACAGCAGCAACAGGCGGCACAGCAACAAGCGCAGCAGCAGCAGCAGGCGGCGCAGCAACAGGCAGCCGCGGUUGCUGCGGCUGCUAACGCUGCGCAAAGUGCGGCUGCGCAGGUUGCACAAGUAGAUGCCAAUACUCAAUUAACGUUUACGGGUCCAAAUGGGCAACAGUACACUGUGAUACCGGCUACCAACCUUCAACAAGUGAGGGGUGCCUUAGGAAAUCUUAGUAAUAUCAUACAAGUGCCUAAUAUACAAACCAUACCAAAUAUCCAGAAUAUACCAGUUUGUAUACCUGGACUUGGUAAUGUACAUGUGAUAACCCAACAAGCUGCUACAGCAGCACCUCAGAUUGCAGUAGGUCAACACAUUCAACAAGAUCCUAAUGACCCCAAUAAAUGGCAGGUAAUCCCAAACGUAGCUGCAGCUACGACAACAGCCAUCCCUCAAAUGACAACAAUCGCUCCAGCCAACAACGCGGCGACAACCGGAGUUGUCAUGACAGCGCAGUCGCCGACCAAUGACAGCGAAGACGUCAACGCGCACGGGGGAGACGGGGAUGGCAGUAACAAGCCGAGGGUCAGACGGGUAGCCUGCACGUGUCCAAACUGUCAAGAGGGGGAGCGGCACACGGAUAGGAAAAAGCAGCAUAUCUGUCAUAUACCAGGGUGCAACAAGCAGGUUUAUGGAAAAACGUCUCAUCUGCGUGCCCAUCUGCGCUGGCACACAGGCGAAAGACCGUUCGUGUGCACGUGGUUGUUUUGCGGAAAGCGGUUCACGCGUUCUGAUGAGUUGCAACGACAUCGACGAACGCAUACGGGAGAGAAAAGGUUUCAGUGCAACGAAUGUAACAAGAAAUUCAUGCGGUCAGAUCAUCUCUCCAAGCACUUGAAGACGCAUCAGAAGAAUAGGGUUACGGAGCCUGAGAGGGGUGAGCUGACGGAUCAAGAAGAGGACGAGGAAAUGUGGGAAGCUGAAGUAAGUACCCAACCUCAAAUGGACAACCCAGGUACACCUCAAGGCGCCCAAACUGACAUGAAGCCUGUAUGGAUUACAGAUAGCAAGAAUAAUAUUAAAUAUGCCAUUACGCAUGUUAACUACUCACAGGAAGCAGCAACGUCAACACAGUCCGCAUCGUCAGACAGCUCGAGCAACGAAGAGAAAAUGAUGAUUACUCUGAGUACCUCAGAGGCAGAUGAGCUGAUCAUAGCCGAUCCGCUGGACAGCUGAGCCCCAGUUUAUAUAAUGGACCCUGUUGAUUUAAAUAUUUGUUGAUGCUCCACUUUGUACAUACUGUAAAGAUUUUAUAAAUUAUUAUGAAAGAAUAUAUUUUUGCAUUAGUCA